GUCAGAUCAGCUGAGCACACUAAAUAUAACUAUUCACCCGUAAAUAUUUAUAAUUAGACACGUUUUCAUUAGAAUGGAAUAUCUUAUCAAUACGCGAUACGAAAAGUGAUCUUGAGGUCAUGGGGUCCGGCAGUUCUAAGGCCUCAAUUGCAGCAUCAGCACCUGAAAGGGUAGAGAAUAAACAGCCCUUGUCAAAGACAGUUCAAAACAGUAGUAAGCCAGCUCCUCAGCAGAAUGGAGGACAAGACAAUGGACCAUCCAGCAAACAACAAACAGUGAAAGAUCAGAAAUCAACAGUUCAAAAUGGCCGUCCUGUUUAUGAAAAGGAAAAGACAGAUUUUGAACUUGCAAAGAAAAGGAUAUCAACUGCUGUUAGCCGGAAAGCAAAUGUCCAGAAAAAAUUUAACCGUGGUUUUAGCAUGGCAAAAAUUCAAGCAAAGAAAGAGAAAUGUACAAGUAAUCCAAUUUUGUUGGGAGAUAUAAAUCAAAAAUUUCCACCAACUGCCAAAAUUGUCAGAAUAUUCACCAGUAGUACAUUUACAGAUACAAAAUAUGAAAGGAAUUCUUGGAUGGUUCAUUCUUAUCCCAGAAUUCAAUCUUUUUGUCGUGAUCAUGGUUACGAGUUCCAGGUUGUUGAUAUGAGAUGGGGAGUCAGAGAUGAAGCUACAGAUGAUCACAGCGCUGUAGAUCUUUGUCUCAAGGAGUUGGAACAAUGCCAAAAACUGUCAACUGGUCCAAAUUUUGUGACUCUUUUGUCUCACAAGUAUGGGUACAGAAAUCUCCUGAAACAAAUAGAAGCUAAAGAAUUUGAACAAUUAUUACAAGCAAUAGACUCUACAGAAGAUAAAGACCUGCUAACAAAAUGGUACAAGAAAGAUGAUAAUGCUGUACCACCAGUGUAUGUUCUACAAAGAAUCAGUACACAACUUCCUGAUUUUAUCUCCACCAAUGUGGAUGCUAAAGAUAAAGCUAAAGCUAUAUGGUGGAUUGACAGUGAUAAAAUGCAAGAUCUUUUAGCUACUACUGCAGAAAAAUGUCUUGGUCCAGAGAAAGCAAGAAAUUAUUUGGUAUCAGUAACAGAAAGGGAAGUACAGAUGGGAUUAUUAGAUAUCAAGAAUCCAGAGACUAGCUGUAUAUGGUUUAAACGUAACUUAGAGAAAAUUGAAGAUGACACACCAUCAAAACCACUGUCAAGAUAUAUAGAUUGUCAGGGUGAGGCGAUAAAAUGGAGGAAAUCUCGCCAGCUUUUGUCAGAACUGAAGGAUGAGAGAAUGUCAAAAGUUCUUCCCUCCAAGAAUAUUGUACAAUAUAAUGUAAAUUGGAUACAAGGAGAGGGAAGAUAUAAAAGAGGUAUAGAUCCAGAAAACAAGGAACAUGCUAAAUAUUUAAAGCAGAUCAGUGAAGACCUGGUAACCAACAUGCAGAAUAUGAUAGAUAGAGCUAUCAAGGAAAGGGAAAAACAGGAACUAGUUGACACUUUGCUGGAGGAGUGUAAACAGCAUAUAGUAUUCUGUCAGGAAAAAUGUCGUGGUUUUCAAGGACGAGAGGAUAUUUUAAAGAGAAUAAAAGCCUAUGUAACAGGGAAUUCAGAAAAUCCUUUGGUGAUACAUGGAUUUUCAGGCUGUGGGAAGACUUCCAUUAUGGCUAUGGCUGCUAAACUGACAAAAUCAAUGUGGAAAAAACAAGCUGUAGUUCUUUGCAGGUUUAUAGGAACAACGCCAGACAGUUCAUCAAUAGCACCAUUACUUAAAAGUUUGAUAUCACAGAUUCGUCAGACCUAUGGGCUAGAUAAAGCUACCUCAGAGGAAAUUCUUCACAACAUUGAGAGCAUAGAGGAACUUAAGGAGGACUUGAUAACAUGCUUAGGACUACCUCUAGCAGAUAUACCCCUAGUUAUCUACCUUGAUUCUCUUGACCAGUUAGAUGCUGCUAAUGGUGGCAGGAGUUUAUCAUGGCUGCCCGAAGAUUUCUCUGCAAGUGUCAAGAUUAUAGUAUCCACCUUAGAGGAUAGGCAAUAUGAAGCCUUUCCAAAACUUGAGACCAUGCUUCCAGAUGAGAGUUUUGUCCACAUACCAGAUCUUUCUGUUCAAGAUGCCAAAUCCAUUAUCCAGAGCUGGUUACAGUCACAGCAUCGUAUUCUAACAUCAGCACAGAAUAAUAUUGUUGUAAAAGCCUUCAACAAGUGUUCACUAGCAUUGUUUCUGAAGCUUAGUUUAGAUGAAGCAUGCCACUGGAGUUCUUUCACACCACCUAAUCAGACUGUUUUACAGAAAACUGUUAGAGACAGUAUUAAUAGUUUGUUUCAGCGUCUUGAAGUCAGAUAUGGAGAUUUAUUUGUUAGUAGGACUCUAGGUUAUGUGACUAUAGCUUUGAAUGGAUUGUCUGAAACAGAGUUAGAAGAUAUAUUGUCAUGUGAUGAUGAUGUCCUUAAUGACCUUUACCAGUUUUGGACUCCACCAAUCAGACGUCUUCCACCUCUUCUCCUUGUUAGAUUAAAAACAGAUUUACAGCAAUAUCUAGUGGACAGAGGUGCAGAUGGUGUGAGAGUGAUAUACUGGUACCAUCGACAGUUUAUUGAGGCUGCCCAGGAUAGAUAUUGUAUUAAAGGGAAACAGUCAUUUCUACAUUCUGCACUGGCUGAUUUCUUUGCAGGAACAUGGUCCAAUGGGCAUAAGAAGCCUUUUGAAAAUACAAAAAAUAAGACAAAGGGUUCAGAGGAUAGACUUGUUACAGCCCAACCUUACAAAUUCAAAGAUUCCUAUAACUAUAGGAAGUUAGGACACUUGCCUUAUCAUAGGAUAAAAGCAGGACAACUAGAGAAAGCCAAAUCUGAAUGUCUAUGUAACUUUAAAUUUCUACAGACGAAACUUAUAGCAAUGUCAUACAGGAAUGUGUUCAGAGAUCUGAAUCUUGCCAGAAAUACUUUUGAGAAUGACAAGGAGUUAGCUUGGAUUACAGAUGCCUUUAAAUUGUCAGAAUAUGCACUAUCACAUGAUCCUUAUCAAUUGGCUCCACACAUGAUUGACAGACUGUCCAAAGAAAAAAUUGUCAGUAGUUUCGUUGAGCAGUGCAGACAGAGUGAUGUCCCUUAUUUGGCCAGUAGUGAUGAAGUACUUUUAAAGCCUGGUGGAGAAUUGAUCUAUACUAUGACAGGACAUAUAUCUACAGUCAAAAGUCUGGAUGUGACAGCUAAUGGCAGUACAGCAGUAACAUGUGGACAAUUUGGAGAUGAUGUCAUCAGAACAUGGUCUUUAAUGAAAGGCAAACUUUCGAAAGAGUAUGACAACUUACCUAAAGAUCCGGAGAAAGCUUGUUUCGCUGACAAGGAUAGAAAAAUACUCAUUCAUUACCGUAGUGAAGUUGUCAUCAUCGAUAUUGCCAACAACACACGGGAAAAUGUUCAAAUUCCAAACAUGUGUCAGCUUUGUAUUUUUGGACCAGACAAGUCAAUAUUUGGAACGUUCAUCAUCAGGGAUUGCACUUUCUAUAAUUCAUCUGAUGGAAAGUUACGGGAGAAAGUUUCAUUUGAUAAAACAGAUGAAAAUUUGUUCGACAUUAGGUCUUGUACUUCAGCUACCUCAAAUUAUGUAGCAUUAACUAAUCCAACAGAGGAUCAAUUCUAUGUAAUCGAUAUCACUACUAAAGAAUUGUCUUCCAGUAAACGUGAGACAUCAGAAUCAUACACUGUUGAUGCCAUAGUUAUUACACCAAGCCAAAAAAUAGUCAUCUGUGCUUCAUUCCUGGAAUCAACUAUAAGACUACAUGAAAUAAAAACACUUAAAAUUAUAAAGCAGAUUAAGACUAGAGAUGAGCCAUAUGAAGAGAUCAGUAAUUUUCAUGUGACAGGAGAUGGCAAAUAUUUGUAUUUUCCUUGCUACAGAGAGGUCAUAAUGAUUGAUCUGAAAGAGGAGAAAGAAACGAGGAAAUUCCGGAGCCAUCCUGAUUCGAUUACUGAUGUAUAUAUUUACUCUGCUGACAGAGCAGUAACAAUUACCCAGGAUCCUAUAGUAAGAUUGUGGGAUAUGACAGAAACUAACAAACCCAGUGAUAAGGAUAAACCUUUACAGAAUCACCGUAUUGUGAAAUUUAAACCCCUACCAAACUCUAGACAUGUAGUUGUGAUUGGAAACCCUGAUUCUACACAGAUGGAUGAUUACCACAUGUAUGUGUAUGACCUUUUAGACAAAUCCAUUGUGCAGUCAACAGAACUGGAUGAAGGUUCACAUCUACUAGAAGUUAUAGAUGACAACACUGUACUUGUACUACCAAUGAGUCUGAAGCCAAAGACAAUUGAUUUACAAACAAUGACAAUUAAAACUGUAUUCCAAGGCAGAGUCUGUGACAGAUGUAAACUAUAUAAAAUGACCAAUGAUGGAAAAGAGUUUAUAUGUGUAUCGAGAGGAAGAAAGAACAUCAAGGUCUAUAGUACCACAACUGGUAAAGUGAUUAAAAUACAUAAAUCUCCAGCUGACAAAGACCUCAGAAUAGAUAACUUCUUUACCAAUAAAAGAGGCAGUUCUAUUGUGGCCAAAGCAGAUGAAACUUUUAUUAUAUUUGAUACAGUAAAUGAUAGAACUUGUACCGUCACACCAAAAGAUCUCAAAAUGGAAGUACUAUCAAACGUAGCUGCAGUAUGUCCUAAUGGGAAUCAUGCUGUUCUCUCUGCAUGUAAGAUUGUUACAACUGAGGAAUGGGAAAGUGAACCUAUUGGCUUUCUAUGGAAUGUUCAAACAGAGAAGUCACUUCAGUUGGUGGACUCUGUUUAUCAUAUGAAAUAUAAAAGGAUAGACAGUCCUUUAACAGUAGCAUUAGAUGAGAUGCAGUUCCUGGAUGAUGAGAAAAUGGUGUCUUCCCAUGAUGAUUAUAUCAUUAGAAUAUGGGAUGUUGAAAGUGGAAAACUUCUGAAUAGAUUAACUGGACACAGCAAACAGGCCAUGUUAACAGUACCAUAUGACGGACCUUACUUUUUGUCUUAUGGGUUCAUGGAUGAAGAAGUCAUCAAACUCUGGGACCGGAACAACUUUAAGUGUCUUUCAUCAUUUAAAUUUGACACAACUCUCAAAGGGCUUCAUUUUUGUGAAGACAAUGAAACAUUUGUAACAUCUACAGAUAACCCUGUCAACAUUGUGCACUGGAGUUUACAUGGUGGAGGACAUACUACCAAGGCUUUAAAGGAUUAUCCUAAAUUACAAACGAAAAAUUAUAACAUACAACUUGAGAUUGAAACUGAAGAAGACAUGGAAGUUGAACUGGAUGACCCAGAUACUGACCCUGAAGAACCAGAGGAUAGCGAAGAGGAAUGCAGUGAUUUAGAAUAUUAGAAAUAUUCUCUUCUGAAAUGAACUAUUUCAUUCAUAUUUUAAUUUAUUUGAGUGCAAGUACAGUAUAUAUAUUAUAAAAUCUAUAGUUGUAAUCGGAUUUAAUUAUCUUUGGGAAUAGGAAACUAUGUCUUUUAUGUUUCAACCAUUUACUCUUUUGUGUUAAACAUCAAGGAGUAAAAUUCUUGAAGUGUGAACUAUCACUUUUCAUUAGGCCAGGAUUUUUUAAUUUGUUGGUUUACGGAUCCGCCGACCCGAUUUUGCCGAUUUCCACAAUAAAAAUAAAAUCGACUUUUUAGGCUUUUUUAUUCUCGCCGACCCUAACAAAUGCAUUGUCCCUGAAAAAUAAUUAAAAUAUCCUUUUUUAGCUCACCUGUCCUGAAGGGACAAGUGAGCUUAUGCCAUCACUUGGCGUCCGUCGUCUGUCGUCCGUCGUUUGUCGUCGUCUGUUGUCGUAAACUAUUUCAAGAAUCUUCUCCUUUGAAACUACUGGGCCAAAUACUUUCAAACUUUAACUGUAUGUUCCUUAGGGUAUCUAAUUUAUAAAUUGUAUCCGAAGUUUUGAUCUAUCAACAAACAUGGUCGCCAUUGCUAAAAAUAGAACAUAGGGGUCAAAUGCAGUUUUUGGCUUAUAACUCAAAAACCAAAGCAUUUAGAGCAAAUCUGACAUGGGGUAAUAUUGUUUAUCAGGUCAAGAUCUAUCUGCCCUGAAAUUUUCAGAUGAAUCAGACAACCUGUUGUUGGGUUGCUGCCCCUGAAUUGGUAAUUUUAAGGAAAUUUUGCUGUUAUUGGUUAUUAUCUUGAAUAUUAUUAUAGAAGAAUCUUCUCCUCUGAAACUACUGGGCCAAAUACUUUCAAACUUUAACUGAAUGUUCCUUAGGGUAUCUUAUUUAUAAAUUGUAUCCGAAGUUUUGAUCUAUCAACAAACAUGGUCGCCAUUGCUAAAAAUAGAACAUAGGGGUCAAAUGCAGUUUUUGGCUUAUAACUCAAAAACCAAAGCAUUUAGAGCAAAUCUGACAUGGGGUAAUAUUGUUUAUCAGGUCAAGAUCUAUCUGCCCUGAAAUUUUCAGAUGAAUCAGACAACCCGUUGUUGGGUUGCUGCCCCUGAAUUGGUAAUUUUAAGGAAAUUUUGCUGUUUUUGGUUAUUAUCUUGAAUAUUAUUAUAGAUAGAGAUAAACUGUAAACAGGAAUAAUUUUCAGCAAAGUAAGAUUUACAAAUAAGUCAACAUGACGGAAAUGGUCAUUUGACCCCUUUAGGAGUUAUUGCCCUUUAUAGUCAAUUUUUAACCAUUUUUCGUAAAUCUUAGUAAUCUUUUACAAAAAUCUUCUCCUCUGAAACUAGUGGGCAAAAUACUUUCAAACUUUAACUGAAUGUUCCUUAGGGUAUCUAGUUUGUAAAUUGUAUCUGAAGUUAUGAUCUAUCAACAAACAUGGUCGCCAUUGCUAAAAAUAGAACAUAGGGGUCAAAUGCAGUUUUUGGCUUAUAACUCAAAAACCAAAGCAUUUAGAGCAAAUCUGACCUUGGGCUAUAUUGUUUAUCAGGUCAAGAUCUAUCUGCCCUGAAAUUUUCAGAUGAAUCAGACAACCUGUUGUUGGGUUGCUGCCCCUGAAUUGAUAAUUUUAAGGAAAUUUUGCUGUUUUUGGUUAUUAUCUUGAAUAUUAUUAUAGAUAGAGAUAAACUGUAAACAGCAAUAAUGUUCAGCAAAGUAAGAUUUACAAAUAAGUCAAAUGACGGAAAUGGUCAGUUGACCCCUUUAGGAGUUAUUGCCCUUUAUAGUCAAUUUUUAACCAUUUUUCGUAAAUCUUAAAAAUCUUUUACAAAAUUCUUCUCCUCUGAAACUACUGGGCCAAAUACUUCCAAACUUUAACUGAAUGUUCCUUAGGGUAUCUAGUUUGUAAAUUGUAUCCGAAGUUAUGAUCUAUCAACAAACAUGGUCGCCAUUGCUAAAAAUAGAACAUAGGGGUCAAAUGCAGUUUUUGGCUUAUAACUCAAAAACCAAAGCAUUUAAAGCAAAUCUGACCUGGGGUUAUAUUGUUUAUCAGGUCAAGAUCUACAAUGUAUCUGCCCUGAAAUUUUCAGAUGAAUCAGACAACCUGUUGUUGGGUUGCUGCCCCUGAAUUGAUAAUUUUAAGGAGAUUUUGCUGUUUUUGUUUAUUAUCUUGAAUAUAAUUAUAGAUAGAAAUAAACUGUAAACAGCAAUGAUGUUCAGCAAAGUAAGAUCUUCAAUUAAGUCAAUUUGACCAAAAUUGUCAAUUGACCCCUUAAGGAGUUAAGGACUUUUUU